AAUUCUGUUUUGAGGUCUUCUGGAUCCUCCCCCCAAAAGCUGGUAUUUUUCCCCUGCUUGGGUGGCCCUUAAACUGCAGCAGCCAGUGAGGAGGGUGUUGGUGGGACUCUCUGUGUCUGGAUAAAGUGGGACCUGUGCAGGCUAAGAACCAGGAGUUUGGCAGGAAAGCAAGUAAGACUGUAACAAGAAGUGAGUGUGGGGCCAGAUGGCAGGAAGUUGAAGCCAGGAAGAGGAAGUGGCGCUGGCUGCUGCAUCAGCCCUCCUACCCGGAGCUGAUACUCAGCAGUUACCAUUUCAGUUUCCUUCAGUCCGUCUCAUGUGAAGUAGGCCUGAUGGACCGUCAUCCUGGCAGCUACAGAGGCAUAUGACCCAAGCCUGGGUCUGCUCUGAGGAUUGUCUUGUUCAAGCAGUGCUGCCCCCUUCUGGGAACUGCUGAAAGCACUGCACUUUCUGUGACUUGGGUAGACCUGGAGAAUCUAUUGUUGAGCCCUGACAGGAAGGACCACAGUUUCUUCUGCCCAUAUAGCUGACCUACAGCUUCUUGAAGCCAGGGUCCUGGCCAGCCUCAGUCACAGGAUUGUGCCUAGAGCCCUUCUGAGGCUUCCAAGAGCUCAUCAGCUGUUGCCUAUGGAGAGUGUUGAACAGUUCAAGGAAGCCACCAGGGUCCAGGAAGACCCAUUGCCCCUGCUCAUCUAGUCAGUGAGGACCCCCAGCCUUCUCCGCACCACCCGGUCCCAUACACCCAGGGUCAGCAGAGAGAAAUUAAAUACUCAAAAGAGAGCAGAGUGGACGAAGGAGGCCCAGGUGGAUUCCCUGCCACGCCCCAGGCAUCAUGAUACAGGCUCUACUUGAGGAAAGGAAAACAGGGACUUGAGCCUGCAAAACCAGCUAGGUGGAGCUUUUUUUUUUUUUUUAACUUAAUCCAUUUUUAUGAAGAAUGAAAGGAUGCAAUGUGGUAAAGACGUAUUUAAAGACUAGUAGUAGAAUAAGACAGAUGCAUCAAAUUUUGUUUAUAUCCUAAAUAAUUACAAGAGACUUUGAAAGCAUAGUGUAAUUUACGUUUUCUUUCCAGUUUAAAACUGCCUGCGCCAGAGCCAUCUUGUGGGCAAAGAGGAGAGUGGAGCAGAGAGGAACUGGAUGAUCCAGUAAGGAAGAAACAGGGCUGAGCAGGGGGUGGAACCCAGGCUCCUCAGUUCCUGCUCCCUCGGUUGCCCUCUACACAUCAUCCCACACACAGUGUUUAGACAGAGCAGCAAAGAAGAAACGCAGACAUCCUGAAUCCUGCAGGGAGGAGGCCAGGGCUGGGAACAGAAAGAGAGGCUGUCUCCAGGAUGUCUGACUGCUGUGCAGAGUUGGCAGAGCUAGACCUCUCAGGCCUCCAGCCCUUCAGGCCCGGGUCUCCCCCAGAGAAAGCAGAUGUCCCCUUGCUCCACCUACUUGUGCUCUUGAGCAAGGAAGUUUUUCCUAAUGUCUCACCUCUAGCUCCCUUGCUGCAGUUUAUCCUAUUGCCUCCCUUUUCAGGCCUCAAGGGAGUGUAACAGCUUACCUCCCUCACUCCAAAGCUGCACUUGAUACAAGAUGGAAAUCAGGGGCUUCCUAGCCUUAAACUUGCCCUCCCUUUCAUUCUACCUAGUUUCCUCCAUUUCCCUGUGGAGCAAAAGUGUCAUUCCCCUCUAGCUUUUCACAGGCUCUCCAUCUGCCUUAUUCAGUGGAGUUCUUAGAGGGGACAGGUGGCUGGAGGGAAGGGACAUGCAGAGAAGGCCAGAAAUCCCUUUCAUUGAGUGUUAACCAUGCCAAGCACUGACCCAAGUCCUUAUCACACAUUUUCUCAUUUAGUCUCACACUAGGUGAGGACAGUAUGAGCCCCAUUUUACAGAUGAGGAAACUAAGGCAAGAGAAUUUUAAUAAUUUGCUCAAAUUUACACAGCCAAAAAAAUAGGAUCCAACCAGGAUUCUGACAUUCAAACCCAGGACUGCUGAUACCAACACUGCUGAUAUCAAUGCCUCUUAAUCAUGCAAGAGGGAGGAAGGGAGUCAUUUGUUGAGACCACUUUCCCCAUCAGGUGUCAGGCACUGGGAUGUAUGCAGUUAUCCAAAGAUAAUCCCCACAACAACCCUGACUGGUGUUUCCCUUGUUCCCAUUUUACAGGCGAGAAAAUUGAGGCCCAGAGUUAAUUUGCCCAAAGUCAUACCCACAGAGCCAUUUCUACCUCAUAGCCCAGAACUUGACUCUCAAAGUAGUUGAGAACAGUGUGGAAUGAUCCCAGUUUCUGGAAGGUCUUAUUAGCUGAAAUGCCCUACCAAGUGAUAGGGAGAGGGGCAGGCAGUGAAAAUCCUCAGGCUCCAAACACCCCUACCCUGCCACCAUCAGACAUGCAUUACUCCUCAGCAGACCAGCGGCAGAAUUACGGAGCUGGAUGUGCUGUCAGCUGGCUGGCCACGCCAAGGGUUUAAGGCUCAUAAAAUGUAAAUAUAUUAGCUGGGGCAGGAAGUGGAGAGGGUAGACUAAAUCAUUAUUUUUCAUUAACUGGAAUGCAUUUCUCAGAUUCGCUAAGCAGUAGCAGACCAGAGGGCUCCAAGCUGGAUGACCUGCCACCUUGGUGGCAAGCUAUGUUCUGUGGCUGGAGAGGAGGACCCUGGUACUGGAGGACAAGGAGGGGGCACUGGAGAGAGGGGAGGAAGGCCUCCCAGUACUGCAGCGCAGGGUGUGCCAGGUCCCACCUCCCAGAGGCGGGGCCAGGCUGAGUCCUGCCAGCCUCAGCUCCAUUCCUCCAGGAACCCAGGCAGGGUAGAGCCAGGGCAGUGGUGAUUCCUGGGCCCUGCUGUCCCUGCAGAGUAGGGGCGCCAUGCCCUCAUCGGUCAGGACACCAGACAUCACCAGAACCCCUGCAGUGCUGGCCGCGGCAACUCCCUGACACCCAGAGGAAAGCCCAGGCUUGGGGAGCAAUACCUGUCCCCCACAACCAUUUCCCAGGAAGGGCCCUGUUGCUAGUGUGGUGCAGACGAGUCAAGUUUAUGGGCUGGAAGUCCUACCCAGAGGCUGCUCACUGAGCUGUAACUGGCAACAAGGCGGAUGGAGAGGAGGUGCAGAGGACAGGACACCCCCUUGCUGCCACCCAUUGCCCUGGCCUCAUCACUGACGCAAGUGCUCGGCAUGCCUGCUGCUGCUCCAGGCCUCCCCUGUCCCCAGGCCCGAGAUGACACCCAACAGCACCAGGGAGGUGUCCAGCCCCGUUCCUGCGGGGGCCCUGGGGCUCUCCCUGGCCCUGGCAAGCCUCAUCGUUGCUGCCAACCUGCUUCUGGCCCUGGGCAUCGCUGGGGACCGCCGCCUGCGCAGCCCACCUGCUGGCUGCUUCUUCCUGAGCCUGCUGCUGGCCGGGCUGCUCACAGGGCUGGCACUGCCCGUGCUGCCAGGCCUAUGGAACCAGAGCCACCUGGGCUACUGGUCCUGCCUCUUCCUCUACUUGGCUCCCAACUUCUCCUUCCUCUCUCUGCUCGCCAACCUCCUGCUGGUACACGGGGAGCGCUACAUGGCAGUGCUGCGACCUCUGCGGCCCCGUGGGAGCACCCGGCUGGCCCUGCUCCUCACGUGGGCUGGCCCUCUGUUCUUUGCCAGCCUGCCCGCUCUGGGCUGGAACCACUGGGCCCCUAGUGCCAACUGCAGCUCCCACACCGUCUUCCCAGCCCCCUACCUCUACCUCGAAAUCUAUGGGCUCCUGCUACCUGCCGUGGUCGCAGCCGCCCUUCUCUCGGCCCGUGUGCUGGUCACCGCCCAUCGCCAGCUCCAGGACAUCCGCCGGCUGGAGCGGGCCGUGUGCCGCGGUGCGCCCUCGGCCCUGGCCCGGGCCCUUACCUGGAGGCAGGCAAGGGCGCAGGCUGGAGCCACGUUGCUGUUCGGGCUGUGCUGGGGGCCCUACGUGGCUACCCUGCUCCUCUCCGUCCUGGCCUAUGAGCAGCGCCCACCACUGGGGCCUGGAACUCUGCUGUCCCUCAUCUCGCUGGGCAGCGCCAGUGCGGCAGCCGUGCCCGUGGCCAUGGGGCUGGGUGAUCAGCGCUACACGGCCCCCUGGAGGGCGGCCGCCCAGAGGUGGCUCCGGGUGCUGCGGGGAAGACCCCAGGGUAGUCCUGGCCCCAGCACAGCCUACCACACCAGCAGCCAAAGCAGUGUGGACCUCGACUUGAACUAGGGGAAGGGCCUCUGUUCAUUCCUACUAGAAGCAUCCAUCCAUCCAUCUCAGCCACCAAGCCCAUCUCCACUUGUCUCCACGCCUCUGGACUAGAAACCUUGCCCCUAUUUGACCCCACCCUGACUGAAUAAAGCUCCUGUGGCCCACUUUA